UUCCUACACACCACACACACAUGCGCGCGCACGAUGACACUGAGAAUCUUUCUUCUAUAAAAAAGGGGCACAAGCACAAGGGCCUGACCCAUACUGAACUUCUCUGAAGAAGAAGAAGAAGCUUUCAGUUUUCAGCUGAGCUGGAGAUCAAAAUGGAGGUGCUCCCCCUUCUUCUCGCUUGCUCUCUCCUCUUCACCAUUGCAACCCCGAUCAGGGACAUCGCCGACGCUUGCACCUCACAGAUCAAUGGUUUCGCGCACCUGAACAGCUCCGGCGUGCACCUGACGCUGCACCACCCGCAGAGCCCCUGCUCGCCGGCGCCUCUGCCCUUCAACCUCCCCUUCUCCGCCGUCGUCACCCACGAUGAGGCGCGCGUCGCCCACCUCGCCUCGCGCCUCGCCAGCAACGACGACGCCUCCUCCCGCCGCCCGACGUCGUCUCUCCCUCUCCUCCACGGCGGCCACCGCAAGAACAAGGCCAGCGUCGCGGCCUCGCUGGCGUCGUCCGUGCCGCUCACGCCGGGCGCGUCGGUCGGCGUCGGGAACUACGUCACCCGCCUCGGCCUCGGUACGCCGGCCACCUCCUACGUCAUGGUGGUCGACACGGGCUCGUCCCUCACCUGGCUGCAGUGCUCGCCGUGCUCGGUGUCCUGCCACCGGCAGGCCGGUCCGGUGUUUGACCCGCGCGCGUCCGGCACCUACGCCGCCGUGCAGUGCGGCUCGUCGGAGUGCGGCGAGCUCCAGACGGCGACGCUGAACCCGUCCGCCUGCUCCCGCUCCAACGUCUGCAUCUACCAGGCCAGCUACGGCGACAGCUCCUACUCCGUCGGCUACCUCAGCAAAGACACCGUCUCCUUCGGCUCCGGCUACUUCCCAGACUUCUACUACGGCUGCGGCCAGGACAACGAGGGCCUCUUCGGCCGUUCCGCCGGCCUCAUCGGCCUCGCCAAGAACAAGCUGUCGCUGUUCUACCAGCUCGCCCCCAGCCUCGGCUACGCCUUCUCCUACUGCCUCCCGACCUCGUCGGCGGCGGCCGGGUACCUGUCCAUCGGGUCCUACAACCCCGGGCAGUACUCGUACACGCCCAUGGCGUCGAGCGACCUCGACGCCUCGCUCUACUUCAUCAGCCUGUCCGGGAUGUCGGUCGCGGGAAGCCCGCUCGCCGUGUCGCCGUCGGAGUACGGCAGCCUACCGACGAUCAUCGACUCCGGCACGGUGAUCACGCGCCUGCCCGCGAACGUGUACACGGCGCUGAGCAGGGCGGUGGCCGCGGCCAUGGCCGGCGCGCCCCGCGCGCCGACGUACUCGAUCCUGGACACGUGCUUCCAGGGCACCGCCGCGGGGCUGCGCGUCCCGGCCGUCGACAUGACGUUCGCCGGCGGCGCGACGCUGAGGCUGGCGCCCCGGAACGUGCUCGUCGACGUGGACGACUCCACGACGUGCCUGGCCUUCGCGCCGACCGGCGGCACGGCGAUCAUCGGGAACACGCAGCAGCAGACGUUCAGCGUGGUCUACGACGUCGCGCAGUCCAGGAUCGGCUUCGCCGCCGGCGGCUGCAGCUGAGAGCCCGACCUGCACUGGUCGACUCAAGCUAGGGACUGGAGCUUAACCAACGAGGUGACACCAGUAAUCCUUCGGAUUCGAUCGAUUGGUACGGCGUCAGCUUCAAUCAGGGGCUCUGUUUAGGCGCAUACAACAAGAUCAUGUCAAUGGUUAGGGCCUAAUUAAGUGCCUAACAGAGAAAAAUAAGGUCCCCCGGGCCCCAGUGAAGAUGAGAGUCACAUCCAGCGUGUUGUGCUUAAUUAACAGGAAACAUCAGUGCAAGCUAAGUAGACAUUUUUGUCUCGGAGCUAGCUGGCUAUGGCCUACAUAUAUAUGACCAUACAAAAUGUUUCUGCAGCAUGAUAUGUUAUUAUCAGUUGACGGCAAAUGAUUAAAAUCACCAGCGAUUCCAAAUUACCGGCCCGGGUCCCAAUAUACGGGAUCCUAGGCUAGAAGGUUAUAGAUGAUGCCACUCGAUUUGUACGGGAUACACAUAUCAAUGUAUGUUAAAAAUUACAAAAAAGAUGGGCGUUUAUAUAUGUUGAAAUACUAUGAAAAUAAUGCGGGGAUGUUGAUUUGGCAUGUUUGCAUGUUAAUUAAUAGAUA